AUGCCGGCCCCUCUAUUUAAACGCUUCGCGCCGCCUGCGCCUAUCGUCAAGAAGCAGCCUUCACCCGCUCCAGCGCGCAAUGAGGUCUCGAAAGCAUCAAGCCCUACACUUACUGCGACUGACAUGGCCGCCGCCUCAAACCCUGCACCUGUACAGGACAGCACGGCAGUAGAGGCUCCAAAGACUAUCAAGAAGCCGAAAAAGAGGAAGCGUGAUACUGGAGCUACCGCUGAUCACGAUGAUGAGGUUUCAAAGAAGCAUAAGAACAUCCUCUCGAAAUUCGAAAAGGCCUCGAAACUAGCUGAAGCAAUGGGACAAAAAGGCGAAGAGGAAGCUUCAACCGAAACUCAGGGACAAGAAGAACUUCACGACCUCGGACCCAUGCCGCAACCCGCACCCAUUCCUGAGCCAGUCUACGAACCUACAUUCUCCACUCUUCCCACGUGGCUCGCUCAACCUACCACCGUCGAAGCAUCGAAGACCAUACCGUUUGCUGAACUGGGUGUUGAUCCCUCAUACGUCAAGAAGUUGGAGAAACAAGGAUUCAAGGACGCGUUGGCUGUACAAACAGCAUUGCUUCCGAUGCUGCAUCCUGGUUUUGACCAGCACUUGGGCGACAUAUGUGUCUCUGCCAAAACGGGUUCUGGUAAAACCCUAGCCUAUCUACUUCCUAUCAUCGAAGCCCUCAAAGAUCGUGCUGUACCUGUACUGUCCGCCAUCGUGGUAGUACCGAGCCGGCAACUCGUCAAUCAAGCCCUACAAGUUGCCGAAGAGCUAUGCGCUGGAACAAAGAUCAAAGUCGGCACAGCUUUGGGCAACGUCGCCUUUGCGACGGAGCAGAAGCAGCUCGUCAAGAUGAGACCGCAAUACGACCCCAGGAGAGCACAGGAGCUGCAGGAAAAGGCUUCACGACAACACCAGACAGGCUUCAUGGAAAGAGGAGGACUAUAUGACGACCUGAGAGGCAUGUCUCUAGACCAUGUCCCACGAUACGAUUCGGGUGUAGACAUUCUUAUAUGUACUCCGGGCCGGUUGGUUGAACACAUCGAGCACACGACGGGCUUCCUACUAAACAGCGUGCGUUGGCUCGUCAUCGAUGAAGCUGACCAGCUCUUGAAUCAGAACUUCCAGGGUUGGGCGACUGUGCUAAUGGAUGCCCUCCAUGGCGAGACUCCGGUCGAGUUCAUGAACGCUCAAGAACGGAUACGAAAGCGGGAGCGUGAUGUCAACUCCAUCUGGUCCAUGGCGUUGCCUGCUCGUAGACAACUCACCAAGGUUGUGCUUUCCGCAACCAUGGAGAAAGACCUCACGAAGCUCGGCACGCUGAAGCUGAAGCGACCGAAAUUGGUCGUAGUACAGGACGAAACUGCAGAGCCUCAAACUCUGGACAGUGAAGAGAACGUAUUUGAGUUGCCGUCAACCUUAGAAGAGUUUGCAGUGCAUGUUGGCGAUGGUUCGAACAAGCCCUUGCACCUGUUGUAUGUGCUCCUCAAUUACGUGUUUCCAGGCGCCCAGGCAACGUCAGACUCUUCAUCGGGUUCUUCCGCCUCAGAUUCGUCAUCAGAUGAAGACUCUGACUCCGGCCAAGAUGAACAGGCAUCUGUAUCCCAACAGAGUGGCCGCGUUCUGAUCUUCACCAAGAGCACAGAGAGCGCAUCUCGCCUGUCGCAUCUACUUGGUGCGCUCAUGCCCGCGUUCAAGAAUUACAUGAAGACAAUGACCAGGGCGUUGACAGCCGAUGCGUCUCGAAGGCUGCUCAAAUCGUUCAGCUCUGGAGCGAUCAAAGUCUUGAUUGCGUCCGACGCCGCGUCUCGUGGGCUGGAUAUACCUGAUAUUACCCACGUCAUCAACUAUGAUCUUCCGACAAGUAUCACUAGCUAUGUCCACCGUGUAGGCCGGACAGCUCGCGCAGGCAAGGCAGGAGAAGCAUGGACGCUGUUCACAAAAACCGAGGCUGCAUGGUUUUUGAAGCAAGUAGCCAAGGGCGAAAGCAUAAAGCGUGGGAGCAAGAAGGUCAAGCGUAUGGAGUGGAAAGAGAGCACUGUGACGGCGGAUGGAAAGAAGAAGGCGUAUCGCACGGCACUGAAGCAGCUGGAGAGUGCUGUUACAGGCAACGCUGAGGCUGAAUGA